AUGUUGGAAAAGCACCAAUGCCACGCAGGCAACUUUGAGAUUGCGUACUGGCAAGAGCACCGUAAACUGCAAGAAGCUAUUGAGGCCAACGGGAUCCUCACCCAUCAGCUGGAACAGCUUCGAAGUCAACCAUUGUACAGACCAUACGUAGCCCCGAGUUACCUAAGUACACAACACGCUAUAUAUCCUUUGGAGACAAUAAACGAAGAGAGGGGGCCGGCUGGGGAGGAAUCUUACUGUAUGCUGCAACCGAGCAAAACCGUAGCACCUGCGGCUACGGGAGAUACAGGCCUCCAAGCUAGAGCGUCUGACAGCCCAAAUGCCAGUCAAGUAACGAGGACAUAUCCAUCUCAUAUACCGAUAUGUCCAUUAGAACAAAAGAUACCAUCGGAACCGGACCAUACAACACCACCGCCGCAGAAGCGUCCAAAACGCAAGGGAGCUGGGUUAAGGAGGACUAUGGAGGCAGCCCUAUCAUCAACGACUUGA